AUGUCUGACACAACUGGAACACUUGCUCCGUUGAUAGAUAGGAUUAUCUCUAACCCACUUAACUUUAACGCAGCACGCCAUCCCGAAAAAGAGACAUCGGAUAGACCCUCAGGAUACAUUGUACUUAGUAAGAAGAGUAGCAAGAAAUCUAAGCCUGUAGAAAGUUCAGACGGUGCUAGCAAAGAAUCCGAGUCCACCGAAGUAGCCGCAGAGAUGAAGAAGCCCAGAUCAAUGUAUGAGGCUGUUCAAGCGUACACUGGGAAAAGAUUUCUCACAAAGGCUGAAAAGAGAGCAGAAAAGUUUUCCAAAAAGAGAAAGGUUAUUGAAGAACCAGUGGUGGAAAACAAGAUUGAAGAUGAAGAUCUUGGUGAGGAUAUAGUUGACGAUGAAGGAGAAGAUCUUGGAGAAUCUUCAUCAUCUGAAUAUGAAUCUGCUUCUGAGUAUCCUACAAAUAGCGAAUCCCCUACUCAAGGAGAAGAUGAUGAUGAGGAAGAAGAAGAUGAUACUGGAAUGGCAACUGAAUCUGAUUUGAAAGACUCUUCUGAAUCAACUUCGGAAGAGCCGGAAAAGAAGGAUGGAAAUGUUGAAGAUAGUGAUGAGGAUGAUCAAGACUUUAAUAGUGAAGUCCAUGAUGCAUUAGAAUCUGAGUCUGAAGAGUCUGGUUCAGAAUCUGAUUCUGAUUCUGGUUCUGGUUCUGAUUCUGAUUCUGAUUCUGAAUCAGCUUCGAACUCAGAUUCAGUGCCUGUCAAUGAUAAGGCUGCCAUUGUCGCCACUGAAUCUAAUGAUUCUGAAAAGGAAGACAGCACACCACCAACUUCCCCAGAUGAUGAAACACAAUCUCAAAAGGAGGAAGGUAAUACCUCACCAGUCGCUACAAUUCCAGAGGUAUUACCCUUGAAGGAAUUCUACCAAAUAAAUGAAAAUGCCAAUGAUAGAGGAUCCAAUGAAUCCACCAGGAUUUACAAGAAUUGGAGAGAAUUGAUUAAAAAGAAACCGGUCGGAUUAUUGAACCAUGGAGUUACCUGUUAUAUGAACUCAGCCAUCCAAGCAAUGCUUCAUAUUCCUGCAAUGCAACACUACUUGGAUGAAGUUCAUGAGGGGAAAUACAAUAAAGUCUUAAAGCCUAGAUCUGUUAGUCAUGUAUUAGCUGAACUUUCUAGAAGAAUGUGGGGACUUGAAGGGGAGAAAUCUAAUGGUGGGAACAACACCCGUACUCCCAAAUACAUCAACCCUAAGAAACUCAUUCAAAGAUUGGAUGAUAUCAAUUGUAUGAUGUCUGAAUGGCAACAAGAAGAUUCCCAUGAAUAUUACAUGUCAUUAAUGUCUAGGUUACAAGAAGAUUCCACACCAAAGGGAGUUAAAUUAAAUCAAUCGAUUAUAUACGAUAUUUUCGGGGGGUUAUUGCAUCAAUCUGUCACAUGUAAGAAUUGUGGACAUGUUUCGAAUACCAAGCAAGAGUUUUAUGAUUUAUCUCUUGGUUUGAGUAAAAAGAAAUCUCAAACUCCACAACAAGAUUCAUCACAACCACAACCACAAACAUCUGAAUUAACCAAUAAUCAAAAAUAUUCUAUUGAAAAAUCAAUUAAAGAUUUCUUUUCUUCUGAAUUAAUUAAAUUUGAUAAAAAGGAUGAAAGUUCAGGAUAUGUAUGUGAGAAUUGUCAACAAAGAACCAAUGCAUUGAAAAUCAGUACCAUUGAUAGAGCCCCAGAAACUUUAACGGUUCAUUUAAAGAGAUUUAAGUUCAAUGGGAACCUGUCCCUGAAAGUGAAACAACCAGUUUCAUAUCCAAACACCCUUGAUCUUACACAAUUUCUGUCUGAUAACUCACCAACAAAAUACCAACUCACUUCAGUAAUUGUACACGAAGGUAGAUCCAUUCUGUCUGGUCAUUAUGUUGCGCAUUGUUUGCAACCUGAUGGAAGUUGGGCCAAUUAUGACGAUGAAUACAUUAACAAGGUUGGAGAGCGUGAAGCACUCAAAGACCCUUCAGCAUACUUUUUGGUCUAUACUAGGUUGACACAUAAAUCUAUUCCAAUCAAUGAAGUUGGAAAGAAAAGAAAACUUGAAAAAUCAACAACCAAGUCAAACAAAAAGUCAAAGAAAUAA